AUGUCAGUCGCAUGUUCUCCACCAAAAAUACGCCGAACUGGUCAACAUGUUAAUAGUGCUUCAUCCCUAUCGCCCACCAAUAAGCUACUUCAAAAUUUAACUUUAGACAUACAGAAUGGAAAUGAGAAAAAUGAUGAACUUGAUGGAAGAUUACAAAUAGCUAGGCAAGCAUUACAUAGUACAGCUCCUAUUAACCUACCUGGCCGUGAAAAGGAGUUACAGGAGUUAGAGAAUAUAAUAAACACAAGUUUGAAAAAAGAGACUUCAACAUCCUUGUAUGUUAGUGGCCCCCCAGGAACAGGAAAAACAGCUUGUUUAACAAAUAUUAUACAGAAAUAUAAAAAUAAAUUGAGUAUAGUUUAUGCAAAUUGUACUGGGAUUAAGAAUUCUAAAACAAUUUUUGAACGUAUAGCCACUGAAUUAAAACUCAAGUGCAAAUCUACUGAAAAAGACUACAAGUGCGCUAUAGAGACUUACAUUCAAUCAAAACAUAAAAUGAUACUUCUGAUUUUGGAUGAGAUAGAUCAAUUGGACAGCCGUAAACAAAGCAUUUUAUAUACCAUUUUUGAAUGGCCAUCAUACGCUUCAUCAAAGCUAAUACUCAUUGGUAUUGCUAAUGCUCUAGAUUUAACUGAUAGAAUAUUACCACGACUGCAAUCAAAAUGUGAAUUAAAACCUCAGCUUAUGCACUUUGCACCUUAUUCAAAAAAUCAAAUAAUAGAAAUAUAUAAACAGAGACUAGAAUCAAGUGGAGUCACUGAUGUAUUCAGUCCUAUGGCUGUGCAAUUGUUGGCAGGAAAAGUAGCUGCUGUGUCAGGAGAUGCAAGACGUGCAUUAGAUAUUGGAAGACGUGUAAUUGAGUUGACAGAGCAACAGACAUGUGUUGAAAAAGAAAAUUUACAUAAACAACCUGCAGUUGGUGUUGAAUUAGGUCAAGUAGUAUCAGUGUUGAAGAAUGUCUAUUCCACCCCGCAGAGUCUCAAUGACAAAACAGAAGAAAACGAACAAACUGAAUUGCCAAUUCAACAAUGUAUAUUAAUUUGCUCUUUAUUAUUAAUACUUAAAAAAUCUUCAAACCGUGAUGUUACUAUUGGAAGAUUACAUGACAUUUAUAAAAGAGUAUGUACUAAACAAAAUAUUAUGGCUGUAGACCAGACUGAAUUUGUGGGGCUGUGUUCUCUUGUGGAUUCUAGAGGCAUUAUCAGAAUAAGUGGUAAAAAGGAACCAAGAUUACAGAAGGUUACUCUCCAAUGGGACGAGGAAGAAAUUAGUUCAAUCUUCCAUGACAAGCAAUUAAUGGCAUCUAUAAUUGCAGAUAUUUCCUGUUUAAAAUAG